GGUAAUAUAAAGGCAGAAAAACCCAGAGCAUCUUCAGAGGAUUACUCGUCCUUCCACGCUUGGCUGAUCUCUGAGGUCUCUCAGCCUAAUUUAACCUCCUGCAUUUCACAACUGUCUAGUACAGAGCAGCUAAUCCUGAGAGAUGGAGUCUAGUGGCGCAGUGACAAUGGCAGCUCUUGGUCGUCCUUUUUCCUUGGGAAUGCUGUAUGACUGCCGAAAAGACAUGCUUGUUGCUGGAAUGACACUGUGGGAUGAUGAUGAUCUGCAGAAACAUGUGCGAGAAGCAAAUCAGGGAUUCAGUGAUUUUGAAAUGAUUGCCUCUAAUUCAAUGCAGGACAAAUCUAAUGCACUAGAGGUUGACGCAUCACUUAAGGCAAGUUUUAUGGGUGGGAUGGUUGAGGUUCAAGGAUCUGCCAAAUACCUGAAAAACACUAAAACCUCCAACAACCAUGCCAGGGUAACAGUACAAUACACGGCAACAACGACAUUCAGGGAGCUGUCUAUGGAACAACUUGCAAAUGUGAGAUACCAAAAUGUUUUUGAGAAAGGAUUAGCCACACAUGUGGUCACAGCAAUUCUUUAUGGAGCCCACGCUUUCUUAGUGUUUGAUAAGGAAGUUUCUGGUACUGAAAGCGUUCAAGACAUUCAGGGUAAACUACAAGUAGCAGUGAAAAAUAUUCCAACAGUUUCAAUAUCAGGAGAAGGUGCUGUGGACUUGAAAGAUGAGGAUAAAAUGGGCUUUGAGAACAGUUCUUGCAAGUUUUAUGGAGAUUUCUUUCUUGACAAUAAUCCUACAACUGCUGAGGAAGCCAUAAAACUCUACCAUAAUCUUCCAACAUUUCUGAAACCAACACAAAAUGAAACUACAGCUAAUGACAGACACACUGCAGUACCGGUAAAGGUCUGGAUGCUGCCACUGACGAGUUUAGAUUCUUCUGCCUCUAAAAUGGUCCGCCAAAUAAGCUUAGGAUUAGUUCAAGAAGCGCAGAAGGCCCUGGAGGACUUGGGUGAGUUAGAAAUAAGGUUCAAUGAUGCAAUGAAACUUAAAAGUAUGGAGAAGUUUCCUCAGAUUGCUGAGAAACUUAAAUAUUUCAAUGAAAUGUGCACCGAGUUCAAGCUUGGAUACCAGCAAAGUUUGGCAGAGAAACUCCCAUUAAUCCGAGGAGGAGGAGAAGAAGAGGCAAAGCUUGCAGAGAUCCUGAAGAAGAGACAUUCUUCUCCAUUCAAUACCACAAGCCUGAACCAGUGGAUGGAUUGUAAAGAGAAAGAAAUCUGGAUCCUUGAGGCUUUUAUCAAAAUGAUGAAAGACACAAAUUUCAUCCCAUCUGAAAUUCAGCUGUACCAGGAAGUACUGAGUGCACAUGGGGUUUAUUGCUUUGUCUUCACCUCUCUGGGAAGAGAUGAUCCAUUUCUCUCAGCUUUAUCAGCCUACCUGAAAGGAACCAGAACAGAUUAUCAAAAUCAGGAUCUUCAUGAUGUGGAAAAGGAGCAAUGGUACGCCUCACAGGAAAAACUGAGAGACAUCAUGAAAAAAGCAAAAGCCUUCAAUGAUGUGGCAAAUUCAGUCAAGAAUACACAAGACAAGAAUAUAAAGUAUCUAGCAGUGGGUUUAACACAUGACCAUAAAGAUUCGACCAUCUACUAUUAUAUUGACGGCUUCCUUGAGACUGAUGCAUAUGACUUAAAGUAAAGCUUUAAUAAGCUUUACUCAUUAAAGCUUUUUUAUUUAGAACCUUAAAUUUCUGUAAAGGUGUAGCAGAGACUACAUCUCGUUGCUUGUACUUGUGACAGUGCAAUGACAAUAAGGUUGAAUUCUAUUCUAUUCUAUUAGAUCAGUCAGAGGCCUCUGUCUGUUCAGAUUUCAAAAUAGCUUUAAGUACAAAAAAAAGAGAUUCAGGUGAUUGAAUAAGAGCUCCAGCUAAAACAAAAAAGCAAAAUACAUUAUCACUUAGAUAUUGCACAUUAAAAUCAUGACCACAAAAUGAAAUGAAUUUUAUGCAGACUAACAUACAAUGUAUGCUUAUAUUCUUUGCAAUUACUGUGGUAAUUCUGGCAGUGGUCAUGGACUGUUUUCUAUUACUUUGUGUUCAUUUCUUUGUUUUUCACUUCCGAUUUAUUUGCAAUGAUACAAAACCAAUAGAAAUCUCUGUAAUGUUUUUUUCUGACUUGUUGCUUCACAUAAGCUUAAAUAAAGAAAGUCACGGC